UGAUCUAGGUGAUUAAGGAAAGUCAUUACCUCAAGCUGUGCCAGAAUGAUAUGUAAAUGUGGACUGGAAAGUCAAGCUGUCUGUUGCUGAAGCCGUUCGUAUUCACCCCGGCCGGCUGAACAAGGCUGUUGACCUUUGACGAGCUAGUUUGUGCUGUAAAGUUUUCGAGGAGUACAUCACAAAAGACAAUACAGCUGCCUCUACAAUUGAGUCUUCAUUGAAGGUGUCAAAAUGGAAGUGAAGGUAUGUUUUGGUUCCUUACUUAUCCAGUAUGUUGUCAAGCACCGGAGAACCGACUCGUCUUUUCCAGACGUUGCGCGAUCGCGGGUGUAAUGUUAUUUUAUCUGACCGAUAAACACGUCUGAUGAAUGAACGUCGCACUAUACCGGCCUAUCUGUGCUAAUUUUCCCAUUUUCCCGUCAAGUUAUUGUAGUGUUUCAGUACUUAAAAAUUCAAGGGCUUUAGAAACUAGAACAGACUGAUUACUUAUCUACUGCUGACGCACUAGCUCACGAUUCUUAGUUCACUGUUUCCUCCGAUUUUAUCAACAAAUCUGUGAGCCGAUUGAAAACCCCUGCCUACUGUUGGUAAGAUAUUCAUAUCUACCUACGAAUUAAGGCAGUUUUGUGCUGAAAUAUGAUCAAAUCGCGGAAAAGUUUUAAUUUUAAUUUGGGUUUUUAAUAUCUUCGCUAACGCUGACUUAAAUAUCAAGGUUAUCGAUAGACGAGUAUAUAUAGCCAAAGGGAAAAUUAGUUGUAACAUGGUAAAAGUGUUUGGUUUAGCAAGUAUUUGAAGUUUCGAAGUGGCAUUUUUUCAUGUUCUAGCCUCAAAUCCCUUGAAGUCUCACAAAAGAAAAUUUAAUCUUGUUUCUGUUACGGCCGAUCAGCACUGGCAACCGGGUGGUAUAAGACAGGAUUUAUUCAAGUGCUGUCAGUAUUAUAUUGAUGUCGUCUAAUUAUUAGUUCACGCGCAUCAGGCAAAUCUAAUUGCCCAGUCUGUUCCCGUUGUAAUAAAUAAAGAAUUAGCUUGAGGCGCUCUCUUUCUACUCUUAUCCUUUUGCGGAUCUCGCAAUUUUAUUUUUUGUAGGGGCAUAAGAUAAUUUUUUUCCAUCUGUUCACUUUUAAGAGCUACUAUCCGCCUGUUAUCAACAAAUUCUUUAGUAUUAGCGACCAUUUGCAAUAAAUCGGUUUUUGAUACUCUUGAUAUUGCACCCAAUAACUCUAACACUGAAUAACCUUGAAUGGUCCAAGCCAAAAUAUUCAUGGUCUGUGUUUCGAGCAAUAUUGCACUCUUGAACGUGUUGAAAUUUUUCAUUCUCUAUUUCUCAGCAGCCCUAAGCAAUGACUAACUGAGCUUUUUUGGUAGAUUUUAAGAAUAGUGUUACAGGUGUACCAAUAUUUUUUUUUUCUGUGGUGUACACACCAAAUAGUAUCAUAAUAGAUAUUUGCCAGCAUGGCCAAAAGAUAGACUUUUGAAGACCUUUUUCGGUUAAAAUAAAGAGAAGGAAAUAACAGCUGUGUAGACUUGUUAGUCUUUGGUUAUAAUUAUCCAGGAUUUUCAUGAAAGCAUCCAUUGUUCAACUUCCUUCCUGCAGUCAGUGCUUUUUCUUUCAUUAGCCAUUUGAAGACAAAACUUUUUCAGUAUGAACUCAGGCCAAGGUGUUGCUUUCUGUCUGUAAAUACAUUUAUAUUUUGGAUAUGAUUAUAAAAAUUUUUUUCUUUUAUUAAUUAUGAAGAAAAGUUUAUUUUACUGUCUGUAAAUUUAAGUUACAUUUUUGAAAAUUAAGGUGAAAAUUCUGUGUUAUCAUUUAUGAUGCCCUUUUUACCAUUGUUAUUGUCCAAUUGCAAUGGAAUAUUAAUAGUAAAUACCACUUUGUAGUAGAACAAAUCUUGGAAAAGCUUUGACUAUGCAGACAAUUGGUUUCAAAUGUUACAUUUUUAAUCCACUUGUCAGUAUCUUUAACCCAGACCCUGUAUUAUGUGACCAACUAUAAUGCAUGGCAGACAAGGACUCAAGUCUGUUAUUUGUGUGUCUGACUACAAGGUCUCCAAACUUGCAAUCUUUCUAUGCAUAGUUUCUACAGAUGUGAGGUGAAGGUAUGUCUAAGCUCUUGAUCUAUUAGGAUCCUUUGAAAAGAAUCCAGCCAUGAGACAUUGAAAUCUGAAGUUGACAUUGCAUGGAAGGAACUCCAAGGUUAUGAUCCAGUUAGGUUUCCAAGCUCUCUUGUCUGAGCUCUUAAUCUUUUGGGUACCUUUCAAGAAAUUACCUAUCUUCAGAUAAUAGUGUUAAAAUUGGAGUGGAAACAGGCCUUUUUUGUUGUUUUUUUUUACAUACGUAUGAAACUUAUUGAAACUUAGUAAGACUAGCCAAUGUGACAGAGACUGAAAUGGACAAAGGAAGCACUAUUCAAGGCUUCCAGUAAGAUGUGUAGUAGAACAACGGGGGUGUAGACUAGUACUACAGGACAGAGGAAGAUUCUCCCCAUCUCAAUCAAACACAACUCAGGCUAUCAAAAUUUACGCAAAGGAUUACAUGUAGCAGCAAGGGAAUUUUUUUUCAGAUUUCUAACGACCUCUUGAGUUACAUUGUAUACACUUUGGUACAUUAAUUUUGGAAUUCAGGUUGCAAUAACCAAUUUUUUUUUGAAGCAAGAACAAGGUUGUUGUGGUGAAUGGCAGAACCUUUCAGUCAUUUAAAUCUACAGAAUAUCUUGUUCAUAAUUGCUCUGCAUGUAUAUCAAAAAGAAACAUGUGGCAGGGGUAUCUGUCAAUGUGCCCUGUGUAAGAAUCAAACUUAAGUCUUUAUUUUUGCUCUCAAAUUACAGUGUACUUUCUAAAAAUUUUUUUUGUCGGGAUUCCCUGAUUUGAGACAAAAAACUGAGUUUGUUUUUGUACACAAUUAUAAUGCUGGAAUGACUUACUUUGUACCAAAAGGUGCUUGAACCUUCAAAAUGAGAACAGCAUUAUUUUAGGAAAAAAGUUGGUUGUCCAAGUUCAUAUUACACUGUUGGUAACUUAUGUGCUUUAAAUGAAUGAGACUAAUUGAAUAAUAUCCCAAAGAUGAGCCAGUUUUCUUAAAUUUUGUUUUCAUAAGGAAUUCAGUUUACCUAGCAGGAAGGAAAUCAGGAUUAAAAUAAAAGGAAUUGUGGAUUAGGGUUAAGUUUUCAAAUCAGGUUACUUUUUGAGAAGUUAAGGAAAAAAUGUGAGACUGCAGAUUUUUGAAUUUGUUACAUUUACUCACAUGUGUUGGGUUAGAGUCAGUUUUGCACCAGCUUGAGAUUCGACUGUGAUGGGAAGUCUGCUCAAAGAAGAUAUGAAAUGUUUCUUAAGGCUCUAUUCCCUAAAAAUAACAGUUAUUACAGGAAUAGGAUACAUGUAUCAUGCAAUGUGCCUGUUGUUACCUGACUUGUUGUUGGAAAGAGGAAUUUUUUAUUAGACUAUCAUCUGAUGUAGAGUUAUGGUCAGCAAGAGCUCAUUUGAUUUUUUUUAUGUGGGAACUUGCUGUGUUCCUAUUUUCAGGCUAUGAUGAGUAAAAUUUGCCUGUAGUACCUCUUAGUACAGUCUAAAAUUGGUUGGAAUUCUUGAAAAUGCAACAGAUAAAAGGAUUGCUUUACCUAUUUGAAAAUAUUUUACCUGUUGUGCUUAAAAUAAGGGAGAACAAUGAACUUGAUUCACAUAUCAGUUACUGUUUCAAGAUUAUGAGCAUACAAUGGUAUAUUAUUCUCAGAACUACAUGUAUUAUAUGAUACCUGUUGCCUAGACAUAAUACGGGGUACUGACUUGGUCUGCAUACACUGGAGGGUUAUUUCACAUGACUGCACUUUUAGGGACUCUGAGCAUUAUAGAUUGGAGUCAUUGGACAGGUGCAGAUAAUUGACAAACUCAAUUUUUUCAGACUUUCAAUCUCUGAGUUAUACAUAUUCAUGUAAUUCAAUGUUAAAGGAUAUUUGUUCAAGAUACCAGUGUUGAAGAUCUGAGAUAAAAGAUUUUGAGUUGGUGUCUGAAUGAUCAGCAUGAAUAAAAAAGGAAUUAGUUAUAAUUUAAGAACAGAGGUUGAAUAUUCUUGUUUUUGUCAAAGGAGUUGACAUAAUUUGUAACAUUCAAGUCUCUCAGUUUUAAAUGGCUAGAUGACAACAUCAUUGCAUUCUAUAUUUCUUUUGUUACAGUGAUAUGAUAAUACUACUUACAAAAAGGCAACAUCAGCAGCCAUGGAGCUUUUACUUUACGUUAUAUGUUAAUUAGAGCUUGAUGAUUUUUUUGGGGUUAAUUUGGCAAGUAGAUGCAACUUUAACGAGGUACACAAUGAAUACUCCUUAUACUUGACAACAAGUAUUUGACCACAUGACAUUUGUUUUCAUCUUCACACUAAUAUUGUUUUAAAAAGCAUAUUGAAUUGUUUUGAACUUGAACUUGGAAGCACUAUAAUUAAUCUAAGUUAAUAUGCAAGCCAUGGUAACCAAAAUAAUGCAACAAUCAAAAAUAAUUAUGGUUGCAUAUUUUGUAAAAGGUGUUAAUGAAUUUUUUAUUAAUUUUUCAGAACCUGCAGUUUUGUUUCAGAAUGUGUGAUUAAUAAAUUACUGUUUUAUCUUAUUUGAAUUCCAUUUUAAAGAGGUUGUUGUGAAAGAAUAUUGUUGAGUUAUUUGCAUGGUUACUGGUAUGUAAAUUAUGCAGUAUCUUGAUUUGGGUGCAAUUUGCUUUGUAAAUAUGUUCUUUAAAAUUGGUUGUGGAUUUCAAUAACUUGACUUUCACAUGGAUGUGUGACAGGAAAUAGAAUUUGCAUACUUUAAAGUUCCCUUUAAUUUGUGGUUGUGUGAUUAAAAAAGGAAUAAAACCAGUUCAAAAUGGAAAAUGAUAUUGCUGGCUGUAUAGGAAUCCUGAAUAGGUUUCUCUUGAAAAUCUACAGUUAAUGUAAAUCCUCAACAGCUUUUUAUGAUGAUUUUGAGUUUCUACAUUUCCCUCUCCUCAUGGUUGAAAACAAAGCGGUUGUUCCUUUUUAAUUAGUAAUUUACCAUGUCAAGUCAGUUUUCAAUUUCCUGACUGAGUAGGGUGACAAACUGGUUAAUAUUCAACAAUUGAGCAGAAGCUUGAAAUUUAACCAAGGCACCUGUAGUUUAUGAGACCUCAAGGGAUGAAAUAUGGUUUUUAUAUGCAUAACUGCUGUAAACAAUAAGGUAAGAGUGAUAGUCUGAAUGAAUAUUUAUUCAUUGCAAAUGAACCCAAACUAAUUAGUGUGGCUAAUGAUUGCAAGUGGUUUAGUUGACAACCUGAAGUGAAUUGACUGUGUGGUGUAAGAGUUGCUUGAGUCUUUCUAAUGCUUUCACUUUCUUGCGGCACUGGCAAAUCUAAUGGCUUUGCAACCUUCUCGCUACUUGUUGUACUAUCCUAAACAACCUAACUUCUGCCAAACAGCUUGGAAAAGGGUGCCUAAACAGAGAUUUGUGAGUUAUUGUGUGAAAUCAUUGUUAUGUUAUCGGUGAAUCACUUGUGAAUGCUGACAUUUUUGAAGUAAAUUAGGUGACUCAUGCGGAAAUUACAUCAAGAUAAAGUGUUCUUCUGUAAGAGACAGAUUUGCAUUUUCACAAUUAUCAGUUUGGAAUUACAGCAAUUGUGUAGAGGUGAUUAGUUUUAAAUCUGCCAUUGUUUUGUCAAUGGUUUUUUUGUUCAGAUUUCUUUUUAUAUGAAAUGUUAGUCUAGUAUUCAAUGAAAUUUUGUAAGGUACAUGCUAGGUCUUAAAGAUAGGUACAAGACACAACUGUUUGUUAGAAAAAAUACUUUGUACAGUCAUGAGGUACAAAAGUGACUGAAUGCUUUUCCACAAACACUUAUUUUGCUAUUAAUAGUACUUAGCUUCAAGAUAUUAUUUGCAUUCUGUGUACAGGAUUGUUACUGCAGCUGUAAUAACUACAUUGUAGCUGGAAUAUAGAAAGUCCUGACAAGUGAGACUUCAGCUGACAGUGAAGGGAACAAAAUUUAGAAAUUCUGAGAGAAUUACAAUGGGACUUAUUUAGCUUGUUGUUUAAGAUUUGCACAUUCUCAACAGAUAAUCUCUUUGGGGUACAUGUGAAUUGUUUUUUUGGCCUCAUUGUGAUGCAUUCACAGUAUACUUCAAAUUUAAUCAGCCUUUGAAAUGAAGUAAGCUAGUGAGUACAUCUGUGACUAUUGCAGGCAGAUAAAGGUAGUUGUAACAUUAAGUGUAAUAUAUUUUAUUAAUAUAUGUAUACACCAGCAUCGUGAAGAUAUGAAUUAAAGAAACCUGAGUUUAUUUAGAAAACAAAAAAUUAUUUGUGUGGCAGCUUGGUGGAAUAAGAUAAUUGUUUUGAAAAAGUUUUACAAAGUAUUUUUUCUGGCAAACAGUUGUGUCUUGUUCUGAGUUUAAAUGUAUGUCAACAUGUCUGUGGCUUAAAUCAAAAUCGGGGAAAUCCAUCAUUGACCUUAUAACACUAGGUCAUUUGUUUGCAUGACAGUGAAUAACACUAAUUACCCACAUAAAGCAGCAAAAACUAAAUUUUGACCUGAUCAAAUCUUAUUUAAUUUUGCAUACAGUGUGUAGUGUCAGAGACUAAAGAAGUACAUGUAUUUUUUAGAUGUGGAAAAUUGUAGUUUCUGGUUUACUUCAAAUCCUCUUGUCAUCUUGUGUAUAAUUUUAAUCUUGUGUAUAAUAUUACAGAAUGCUGUGUGGUAUGUGCACUGGCUUGUUGCCUUUUAUAGGCAGUCAUAUUAUCUACAUUGAAGGGAAACUUAUAGUCUCUACUUAACCUUUACAGCCUAGCAUCAGUAUGCAUAUUUUCCAUAUUGUCCUCCAUACAUUUUGUAAGGUGCUGAUGGGGAGAAAUGGUUGAACAGUCAAGAGCUUCUUUAAUGAUUAUUUCCUUUAUUCUUGUGACCUUGAUGGAGAAAAACGAUGUUAGUUACUCUUGGGGGUUAAAGUGUUAAAGGAAAUGUGAAUCUGUCUGUCUUCUGUCAACCAUUUUUCACUGAUGACUUUAACAGAUGGAAAAGAACUUCAGUCUUAAGCAAAUCCUAAGUACAAUAAUUGCAGCCCACUUUUCUAGUAGCACCCUUAUUUGAAGCAAGAGGUAGCAAACUAUUUGUCUUUUGGUCAGGCACAUACUUGUUACAAGGCUGUAUGAAUGAAAAUCAACUAAUGAUAUACUUGAGGAUGGAAGGAGAGGGUGAAUUACUGUAGAUGUACUGCAGGGUUGACAACUCUUAUGUUGUUUUUCACAGAGUGAUGGCAGCGAUGAAGAAAUGAAGGAUGAUAUUGAUUCUGUGCGUGGUCUGUUAGACAGGUUCAAGGAGGACAAGGAGGGGGGACUUCUUAAAGAGGUGACUUGCACAAUAUGACCCUUUCUUUGAAAUAAUACUAGUAAUUUAAAGUAAGAGACAAAAUCCUUCCGCAGUCACUUCCACAGCCAAGAUUUUACUCAUGAAGAGUCCUCACCAAAAUUUUCUAACUGAACUGUAGUCAUUGCAUAACUUGUAUGCCCAUUUUAAAGUAAUUAAAGUCUUUGAACAAUUAAGGAAAAUUGCAAUCCAGGCAAAGUCUACAUACAGCACAGCCCAGAGUUAGAUGGCCAAUGCACGUGCAAAACCUUUGCAUGUUUUUUUUGCCAUGUAUCUCUGAGCUAUACUGUAAGUAUAUAGGGCUACAUUUUUCUGGGCUCUAAUGAUCAGGUUUUCUAAUAUUCCAGGGCAGAAAAAGUUGUUUUUCUCUGAUUGCAUAAAAAUUGUAUAAUGAAUGAAACACUCCUCUCCAAUUUGAAUUCUGCAAUCAUCUUCCUGAAAUUGAACCCCUCAAGGCCUGCACUUAAAAAUAAAUUUGGUGCCAUCUAGGUGGAUACUUCUUACAGCUAUGAGUAUCAUGGCCAUUUUUGUUCAGUUGUAUGAUCUGCAGUGAAAUUAUUAAAGUAAGGAGUUUGCCGAAAAAAAAAAAAAAAGCAUAUUUCCAGGGUUUAAGAAUGUGCAGUUGAUUUAUUCCAAUUGCUUUUUCUAGACAAGAAAAUCAGGCAAAUGCUUGUAACCAAAAAUGAGUUGUUACUUACACUUGUGAACAGGUUUUUUUACUUUUUUCUCACAUAAAAUGUUUUUCUGCCGUUAUUUAGACCUCCUCAAGUUCAACUAAUGAGGAUGGAUACAGCUCAGGUAUGAUCAAUGGAUUGUGAUUUAUCAAUUUGUAUAGAGUAUGUGUAUGUUUAUAAUAAUCACUAGCCUCCAUUUUUCAGAACAGUAUGUUCAGUUCUUGGUCUUAUCCCAGAGGGGUGUGGUGUUAACCCCUUUAAUUCACAAGAUCUGAUCGCUUGUGUCUUUCCAGUGCUUUCACUUCCUCUCACAGGCAAAUCUAAUGGCUUUGAAAUCUUCCAGCCACUUGCUGUUCUAUCCUGAACAACCUUAUACUUCUGCCAACCAGAUUGGAAAAGGGUGUCUAAGCAGAGAUUUGUGAGCUAUUGUGUUGUUGUGUUGUCAAUAGCUGUUGCACACCUCAUUGUUAAUUAGUUACAUGAAUUUGGUAUUCAAUCAAGAAAACAAUAUCCACUUGUUAAGCUUGAGUAUUCUUAUUACCCAUUUGUUGGAAAAUGCAUGGAUAGUAUAAGAAGAGGUUACAUGUUAAUCACUUGUGGGAGUUUAAGGGUCAAGAGAACAUAGCUAUAGGGACAGUCAGUCAUGGGAACAGGUAGUGUGCAGGGCACAAAUUUAUCAGCAAGCAAAAAUUGGAGAAAAGUACCACACAGUUCAGUGCACAGGUUAUUCAUUGGACACCUCUAAACCAUUCAUGAGAAAGUGAGAGUGUUAUUUUGACAGAUUUUAACUUAUUUUGGUGUUCCUCAGUCAGAAAGCAGUGACAUCAGUUUUGUAAGUUGUAACUAUCAAGCGCCUAUUUGUUUAUAAAGAUUGUGGCAGCCAAAUUACAUGAACUAACUUAUUGUUGCAUUUCACCUUUUAAAUGUAGCUGGUGAAAGUUUGGUUAGUGAACUUGUAAAGAAAUCAACAAAAUCAACCCUUGUGAUGAAUUUGAAACCUGUUUCCAAAACAAGGGAUUCAUCAACAAAGAUGGGUUUGGGAGAUGCAGCAGCAGGGGAUGAUGAAGGAGAAUCUUCUGGUAAAGGAGUUUCACAGAAAAGAAAACAGGAUUCAUUCUUAGUUGAAGUUCAAGAGAGAGCUGAGGUACUGUUUAUUGAGCAAAAUGAGCAGAGUGAUUUCUUACAUUUUAAGGUGGCUCUGUACUCACACAGUGCUUCUCUCUGCUGCCGAUUAUUUUAAGUGGGCACUGGCAAACUGUUUGGCUUGGGUGGCCAGUAGCUAUUUGCAUGAGAUUGGGACAGAAAUCAAGCCCAGCUUAACAAAAUUCUUUUGGUUUUAUCGUAGGUGAUAAGUAAAAGUGCUCGAAAAGCUCCAGAAACAUUAGUAUCAUCAAUUGGACAAAAUGUUGAGGGCGAUCCAGAUACGGUAAGUACAAUAAUAUCUUAGAGGGAAGGGAAGAUUACAAUGUACACACGCUUUUUUUUAAAAUAGUAAUUUACAUAAGUUUAAUUGCUCAGUGGCGAUUCAUGGUUAAGAAUUACCUGAUAUCUAGUCAUAAUCGCCUCUCGCAGAGUUCUUACGUUAAUGAAUGCUAAUUUUUGAAAUUAAUUUUUUUCUUGGUUUAAAAAGAGAUAAUGAAAGAUCAAACAGUUUCUCCCAUAAACUCCUGAGUGACAGCUCAAUUUUUACAUUUAUUCUCUCAAUGCUCAGCUUAUGUUGUUGAAUAAACCCCUUGGGUUCUUCCUGGGGGACUUAGCGACAACAUUCACUUCCAUUGCAGUCUAUAGGGAAUUGUCUCAAUACUGAAUAUUUGUUAUGCUAAGAACACAAAUGUUGUCAAAUGCAAGUUGGACAACAAUUGUGAAGAAUUUAUUUUUAAAAGGGUCGUAAAAUUUAUCGGUUUCUACUUUGACUUUUUUUGCCGCUCUCUGUGACGUUUUUGUGUCCUAUUAACGUACGACAUAUUUUGUGGGAGUGUUUGGGAAUUCUGUGAACUUUCUUUACAGCAUAGUUUGCAAUAAAUCUUAUUUUACAUAGCAACAAAUGAGAGUCGCAAAAGAAGCGCGUUACCGUUUGUAAUCAAUUCGAUUUACGUGUUCCGUGUGUUUAAAUAAAACCACUCGUUUAUUUAUUUUAUUUUCGUUUACUUAUUUUUACUUAUGUUUUUACUUAUAUUUACUUUACUUAUUUUUUGCAGGAAGAGUUUCUCAGAAAGAUCCGAGCUGCACCAUCCUCAUCAAAUGAAUUUCGUGUAAGCAGAAAUGUAAUUAUUAAAGUAACAUUUGUUUUUGUCCUCUCAGUAUAUUAUUUAAAGUGGAUUUUUUCACAUCUUAGAUGGAGGACAACGAGACAAGACCGUGCAGAAGUAAAUCGGCCUCAGAGGUUGACUUAUCCGUGGUUGUGCCGGUGAGAGAUCCUCUUGUUUGUUUAAGAGAGUGAGAGAGAGAGAGAGUGAGCGAUCCUUAUUAUUUUGCUGGCCGCGCGACCAUUAAGUUCUUGAAUUGGCGCCUUAGUUUGACACUUUUUGGCCAUAGAUACCAUUUAUGGAUUACAGGGGACAUUUAUAAACAUCCCAGCUCUCUUCAAAGAAGAGGUCCAGGGAUGACUGAGAUCUUUCUUUGUUAACAAAAUUUAUAAUAAUUAAUAGUUCAAAUAGCCAAAAUCCUGGAUACGGCCCUUUUAAGUGGCAGUGAGGCUAAAUGGUUAGGGGGCGGGUGCUUCCGCAUUUCAACGCGUUUUUCCCCGUCCCCUCCACUUGUCACUGGCUUUGUUCCCCAGGGCAAAUGGUUGGCCCUGUUUUGCACUUACUUGGGAAGUGAAACGCGCAUGGCCCGUCCACAGGAAGCGCAUCUCAUGUGUGGGUUACUUGCGCGCUGGAUGCGCACUAACGCGUGUUUUUGCCGGAGGAAAGAUCUUCAGCCCGUUAUAUUAGAGUGUAGCUCGCUUAUUGAAUUAAGUUUCCUCAGAACGGAAUAUUCGAACGAAAUUUCAAGUGGAUACCAUACUAUUUUGCAGAUUGCUUUAACUUUAAACUUGGAAAUUCAAAAGUCUAAAAUCCCUCUGGUGAGGUCAGGCUCUUUAAAGGAUCGCAGAAAACCCUCAGCUGCUUCCAGGCGGAAAAGUUUCAGGUCAAGUUUUAAUGAAGAUUUUGAUGAUUCACUUGUUAUCAGUGAAGGAGAGGAGUCGUGAGUAUUACUUUUACCUGAUAUAGUUGAAGCAGUACACGAUAUCAGCGAUAUGAACUCAUCUCUACAAAUUUCAAGGGAGUUAAGGCAAAGAUGGUUGAUAGGGUGUGAAUGGUAUUGAAUACGAACAUGUGUUUUUUUUUUGGGAGGGCAGACUACUCUUAUAUGUGCUUCCCUUGUCUUAAAUAUGACGCAAGACAAGUAGGAGACCAUUGGUUGUUGGCCGAGUCAGUUAUCACUAAAACGCUCUCUUUUUUUGUUAUGUUGAACACGUACCUGGAACUUUGCUUUCGUUUCUGCUCUGGGGUUUUCUAAUGCUUCUACUGCUGAAAUUAUAGGGGAUUGUGUUGCUUAAAUUUACCAUUAGAGUAAUUUCAGUUGUGGAUAAACGUAUUCCAGGAUUGUAUCGGGAUUGCUCUUGUGUGCUCUGUGACUACUUGAGAAAUUUCAUGCCAUCCUCUCAACCAUGAAGGUGUAUAACUGAAAUAAAUCGUGUCUCGGUCGUCAGCUUUUUCCGCUCCUGGAGACAUGUUUGCAUCGUUUGUUUGUAAAGCUAUGUCGUUCUUGUCUCAUGUGUGAUCGUUGUGACAACUCUGGUUUUGGUUUUUAUACCUCAAUUGAAACGGGCACGGCAAUUGGUUUUUGAUAUGUACCCUUCAAUCUCUGCCCUGAAGAAGCCAUUGGUACAUAUAUUACUGGAUAUGUAAGAGUCGAAGUGGUAUAUACAGUCAUUUUAAUUUCAGGAUGGAUGAAGACCGCAGCGUUACACCUGGUGGUGGCUUCAUCAUAAAGAACCCGCCACAAUGGGACGUAGGAGAGGCGGUGAGACCACGAACCAAGCCAAAGCCGAAGGUGAAGAGCAAAACUGUGUCUGGAAUAGCUCUACCAGGGCUGGCUGAUGCAUUAAUCAAGAAACAAAUUGCAGCUGAAAAUAAGGUUGGUCCAUCGGAGAAACAAUUCUUCUUGGAGCAAUAACGUAUAAGCUCACAAAACUGCACACCGUUUGAACAAGGGGUUCACCAUAUAGAAGUAGAGGUUUGUUUAUCCUCAAUUUUCCUCAGGUGCUAUUCAGCCUCAGUAUUAAGAAGACGUUUAUGAUCAGUCUGAACUUAAAGUCCAGUCACGCCUUGUCUUGCGUGAUAUCUUGCGUGAUGUCUUGCGUGAUGUCUUGCGUGAUGUCUUGCGUGAUGUCUUGCGUGAUGUCUUGCGUGAUUUCUUGCGUGAUUUCUUGUGUGAUGUUUUGCGUGAUGUCUUGCGCGAUGUCUUGCGCGAUGUCUUACACGAUGUUUUGCGUGAUUUAUCGGUGGUGCUUUGAUUGACUGCUUGGAUUUAGAGUAUCUUAAACUCGAUGUCGAAGUACAAACUUUGACGAGCUGUCUGAGCGCUCUUUUCUUGAUCGAGCGUAAGUAGCCUUCCUUUUCACCGUUCAGUGUUUCUUUAUCGAGUUUGGUUCAACGCUAUUUACUGGGCGCUACAAACAUUUUAGUGUUUAUUUAUUUUAACUUAUGGUAGCAAUUUACGAUAUUUUACCGAUCGCUGAUCCUCCCGGUUGAUCUUCAGGUCUAGGGAUAGAUUAGCUAGGCUAUCUCUAAUGAACGAGACUCAAUGAUUUUGUUAACUCCUUCACUCCCAAGAUCUCUUGAGUAAUUCUCCUUACUGUCUGCCAUAUCAUUCUUUUGAUCUUAGUUCGGAGAAUGUGGCAUUGGAUCGACUAAUAUUCCCCUUACUGAUUUUUUUUUUAUUCUCAUCACUUGUCUGCUCAAUAUUGUUUUAAUAAUGUAAGGAGAAAUUCUGUCUUGGUCGCUCAUGGGAGUUGUAGAGUUAAUCUAUUGUUUCAGGGGGACAUUCACAUUUCCUCCUCUUUUUGUGUUAUUUUAGCAGCGUUCCCAGGGUAGCGCAGCCGAGAUUGUCCGUGCGGCUGCCGAAAAUAAGAAGAACAUGUCAGCCAAGGAAGACAAAUUAGAGAAAGAACCUGAAAAACCUGCUUGGCUUGUGGAGGCGGAGGCACGGAGGAAACUCCAUGAACAGCGACGGCAUCCCAAAAGUAAAGACCAAGGAGAGAGUGAAACUAGUCAGGGGCCAGAGAAACCGGUGAAUAAUGGUCCUGUGCUCAAGUCUUUACCUCAGAAACCUGAAGUUGGAAAAAAAAAAUCUGUCGGUGGUGGGGUGAUGAGCGUUUUUCGCAAUAUUGUGCUUCGUCCUGUUCGGAAACCCGACGCAGUUCCAACCAAAUCCGAAGACGACAGCGAUGCUACGAAGUCGUUUAAUGUUUGUCUUCGUCCCGUGUCUAAAGGAGGUCCUUUAGAUAACCAAGCAGAUGAAAUAAAAGGAAGUUUUCAACCAGUACGUUUGAAACCUAUUGCUCCCCGCCUCUCAAGACCCUGGAGUUCCUCAGUCACGAAUACGGAAGCAACGCCAAUGCGCACACGAACGCCUCCCGAAAAAACAUCUACUUCACAGUCGGUUCAACAAGAAAAAAGUGCACGUGAGUAUCACACCGUCCCUCUUCUUGCCCCGAUAACUUUAGAGCGUUCGGAACCGAGGGUUUCCGAAAGUUAUUCGUCACCUACGAAUGGUGAACGAGUCACGAUUUCCUCGAACUACUUGAGUGGCCCUCAUAAACUUCCCCCAAGUACAACGCCUAAACCUUCCAACAGAUCCAAGACAGUGACAGUCACUGCUUCUGAAGUGCCGCAGCUUUCAUCAGUUAGGCGAAGAAGCGUAGAGUUAAUACAAGCCAGAGUGGAAAAGAAAUUUUCGCGACCUUCACAUUCAGCCGAGCCAUACGGGGACCUGAGCGUAUCCCGAAGAGGAAGUGAUGCGCGAGAUAGAGCAGAGACAUAUGACUCGGCUUUCAGGCCAACUUAUACUGGGGACGUGCUGCCGCAGUGGAAGAUCGACCUCAUUGAGAAGAAAAAGAACUCAACGGCUUCACGCGAAGGGUCAAACAACGGUAGGUCGACUUACAUUUUUCCCGCUUAGAAGACAAUGAUUUAUGUUCGAUGUUGACAGCUGCCCACUCUGUAGGCGCGCAAAAAGAGUCUUAAACCUGAAAUUCCCAAGAUGUGAUUGUUAAUUGCUCCCUCUAACUACUGCACAUUUGCUUGUGAAUGAGAGACCUUCAAUUCUGUUUAGCCAACUUCUACCAUCGCACUCUGUUUAGUCUGACGUUGCAGCAUAUUGAGCAGACUAUCAGCUUACUCUGCUUCGCGACAGUCGGGAUUAGUUCACCCUGGUUAAUGCUGAUGUUGGUGUCUGACUCUUCAAUAAUUCGAGAGGAAGUCAUGUCACCUGGGCGAUCAUACUCUUCUAGAUAUUUUGUCGAGUAUAUCAGAAAAUUCCUUUCCCCCUUUUUUCCCCUUCCUCCCGCCCCCUCCUUCGUGCGAAAAUUUACGUUCAGUUAUUCCUUGGUACUCUCAGUAGAUAUUCAAAGAACCAGUGCACUCAUCGAAGUGAUGUUUUAAUUGCAGAUCGUCCUCAUCAGACGCAGAUCCCAAACGCAGUUGUUGUUCCACCUUGGAAGAAGGAACUGGCUGAAAAACGAAAGCAACGCUCUCCGGUCAGUGGUAACCAGGCCUCCGGCAAAGAGAAUGAACCGAGUACGUUUUCGGAACUACCGCUAUGGCAAAGGGAAAUCGCCGAGAGAAGAAAGCGCCGAGAAGUUUUGCCAGGUCAAGAGCUCCCUGAGAAAACAGACGGCUCUACAGAAAGACCCGAAUGGCAACGGAGACUGAAAAACACACGACGAAACCAACCGAUCGUGGCCCCAAAAGGACCCUCGGAAGAUUCGGCAGACUCGGUCCCGAGUUUUAUGAAGGAGUUUGAGAAGAAAAAAAGAACGUGUCCUCGUGGUAAGUAUUUCUGUCAAGUAGAAACUAACUACAACCCGCUUUGAGCGGGGUCAUAUUGUUUGCAUCAAGACAAUCGAAAAAGGGGGCCAAGAGUCUUCGUUAUUACGGCCAAUGAUUUCCAUUUGACUACCAUUUCCUUGCAGAAGUUGAUGCCUAAGGCUGUGUGAUCCAUUCGCGCUAACACCAGCGGGACAGCAUUCUUGUUAGUACAAAAGAAAAAAAAAAGCAGCAAAGUAUUUUCCACUAACUUAGUUUGCUUUUUAGUUAUGUGUACUUCACCAAAAUAUGUUCACAACGGCGAUCGAAUGCUCUUGUUGUACAGGCUUAAUUACUCAGGGUUUGUUCGCCACGUUAAUCUUACGGAGGUGGGGGUAGGACGGGCAUGUAAGGACCCCCCGUAGCUAUGCCCCUGCACUUAAGCCUAAGCAUCAGCCUACGGCUGUCAACUUGAUGGCUCAUUGUACCUCCUUUUUUUCUUUUGUUUUUUCGGUUUGUUUGUUUUAAAUGGGAGACGCUAAUGUAAUGACGAUACCGUUAUUUUCGGAACUAGUCUACUUGUUUUCACCGUGGUGCUAUGUUUGCCCUGUGUAAAGAAGGACAUUUGCUACCUAUUGUGUUGUAUACAUCUAAACUUUGAAUUCUUUCGAUUUGCAGGAAGCAGCAGAAACUCAAGUUACGUUUGACGUCGGAAAAAAAAAACAUAGCAAAGUGCAUAUCUCUUCUCCCCUCUUGCAUUUGAUAAAUAUGAUUUCUAAUGUGUUCAACAGAUUUCUAUGAUUUUUACAAAGACAUAUUAAAAAAACACAUUCAAACACCUAUCGCUCGCUAAACUUAUUCCUAUUUACUGAGUAUUGCUCAAGGAACAAUUUAUAAUGUUUUAAAAUUGAUGAAAUUUUUAUGCUUCAGUUCGAUGACUUUAAUUAAUUGCGAUUGGUUGUUUUUGUGUUGUUCAAGAAAAACAGAGAGCUUUACGAUUAAGCGCAAUAUUUAUAAAUUUUCAAGUGAACACUGAGGCUGUGCCCAGAAUUAUUGAACGCAAAUUUUUAUUUUUUUAGUAAGCAAGUACCGUCGAGCUAGUUAUACCCAGCAUGGGUCACAUUGGCCGGAAUAUUUAUUUUUUGGGGGAAAUCACCAAUGGAUGGAUUUGAUUGAAAUUUUAUAAAUGCUUC